AUGAUCAUCAGCACAAACAGUGAUAUCCAUUCACAGUCCAGUGAGGAUGGCUCCGGCCUAUACUCACCCAUCUUCGGGACUCAAUUUUUUCAGCUGCAUGGAGACAUUCAUUAUUAUCAAGAACAGCUAGAUAUCCAACAUGCAGCGGGCAUCCUAGCCUCUCAAUUCGAUUACACUAAUAUCCACCCACACCUUCACCUUCUCGAAACCCCUUUGGAUCUUCAGUUUCCUCUUCCACAAAGAAACCACAUUCAAGUUGUCCUUGACAUACCGCCCCAUACCUACCCUAGCACCUGUCUUCCACCCUCUCCAGCUCAUCGUGGCGCCAUCAAUUUGUCCUACCAACUUGAAGGCCCCGACAAUCGAAGAUAUUCUGCUGAGGACUUUCGCCCACAAUCUUACUCUUCAGGUGGCUCAGCGCAACCUUCUGCAAUACAAACACCAGAGAGUACUAGAUCCUCUGUUCCAAUGUCAGAGCCAACCCCUCAACCACAGCCAACGGCAUCCGCACCGCAGGAUCCUCUUCGCAGGGAAAUUUCGAAUCAAGUGAUGGCUUGCCGGCAAUGCCUCCUUCCCUUCCGUCCAAGCGGAAACGCACUCAGAAAUGACGACUCCGAGCUUCCGAGGGAAGCUUGUGGACUUCCCGAUGUUCCCGCUUUGUGGCCUGUGCCCGUGAAUACCACCAUCUCUCUACAUCCUCCCAUCACCCUUAACACCAGCUCUGCGCCUGCUCCUUCAACCUGCAGCCUAGCUAUGCCGCCGCCGCCACCGAUUUUUUCGGAACAGCGCAUCACGCGUCACGAUUGA